AUGUCCUCUGCUCAAGAUUCCGCCACCAAGAUCUGCAUCGACAAAUUCGAUGGUAAAAAAUAUGCGACGUGGAGCCGCUACAUGCGCGGCGUGUUCCUGACCAAGUCGACGUGGUACGUAGUCAUCCGGGAGACCACCCCCGCCUUCGCUGAUCCUCGCGCUAGUGACGAGUAUGUCAAGACGAACAACAUUGCGAUCGGCUUGAUGCUGCCUCACAUGAGCGCGGAUUACCAUCACGUGGUUGAUGAGUGUAAAGAAGCGUGGGUUGCGUGGGCACGGUUGAAGACUCUCUACGGCGGAUCUCAGAAGGCGGGACGGACCUUCUUGAAGCGCCAGCUGUUCAGCAUGGAGAUGGAGGAAGGCGGCAAUGUCAUGCAUCAUUGCAACAACGUUCUCAACAUCAGCGCUAAGUUCAGCAGCAUCGGCGCUAAGAUGGAGGACAAAGACGUGGCGAUCCGCUUGUUGCGCAGUCUCCCCAAGAGCUAUGAGAACGUUGCGUUGUAA